GCUAGUGUGGAGAGCAACAUGGUCCUCAACAGCAGCCUCUCAGAGAAACACUGAAAAUGAGCAGCCAGGCUCCUUUUAAGGCCUUCUUUCAUGAACAAAAGCAGCCUUAUCAACGCUGGUGGCAUUUCUGAGAUGUACAGCUGACUGGUUGGUUUUUAAAAGUCGUUUUAGGGUGAUUUAGGAGAGACUUUAUCUCCCCCUGGUUUGUUUACCAGCAGCUUCUGUAGGUUCUGUAUGUUGUCGAGCUGAAGGAGAUGGAGUAUCUUCUGCAGGUCAAAAUAGGCGCCCUCGUCGGCUUGUUGCUUCUCACUCUCCUCUUUGGGUUCAUCCCUGCUCGGAUGAAAUGGUUCCGAGAAACGAGUGGAACGGAAACCCAUCAAAUAGUGCUGAGUUUUAUCAGCUGUUUUGCGGGCGGUGUGUUCCUGGCUGCCUGUUUCUUGGACAUUAUCCCAGAUUACCUGUCUGACAUAAACGAGCAGCUGCAGGGACUGAAUAGUAGUUACCCUGUGGCGGAGUUCAUCAUGGCAUGUGGCUUCUUCACCGUCCUGAUCCUGGAGAGACUCGUGCUCAGCUGCACUGGCCGCAGAAGUGAGGAAACUACACCUCUGCUGCCCCCAAUGGGCCAUGGACAUGCUCAUGGACAUGCUCAUGGACAUCGCUCUGUGAACGAUUUGGAGGGCAGUGCCCAACACGUCCAUGUGGAUCUGCAGGCCCAUUCCUCCUUCCGCUCCUUCAUGCUGUUUCUGUCUCUCUCCCUGCACUCGGUGUUUGAAGGUUUGGCCAUUGGAUUACAAACUACAGAUGCAAAGGUGCUGGAGAUCUGCAUCGCCAUCCUGGUUCACAAGAGCAUCAUCGUCUUCAGCCUGUCAGUGAAGCUGGUCCAGAGUGCAGUCCCCCCCUUAUGGGUGGCCAUCUACGUCAGUGUUUUUGCCAUAAUGUCGCCGAUUGGAAUCGGGGUGGGCAUCGGAGUGAGUGAAGCCCAGGUCCAGGCAGGUGCACUAAUCCAGGCAGUUUUGGAAGGCCUGGCUGCAGGAACGUUCAUCUACAUCACCUUCCUGGAGAUCCUCCCUCAUGAACUCAACUCUCCAGAGAGACAGCUCCUCAAAGUCCUCUUCAUCUUAGUAGGCUUCUCAAUCAUGGCUAGUCUAUGUUUUAUGGGCUGAGAGACUUUUUUUGCUGCUGACCCAGACAUUUAAUAUGAAGCAUAAGGACCUCGCUGCUCAUGGUGUGCAGAUGGCUUCCUGGGAUUUGAUAAAUGCUUAAAAGGCGAGAAGCAUUUUUAUCCUUUUUUAAAACUGACAGAGACCAAAUUAAAUAGACUUGCUUUAAAGUGACAGUAGUUAAUUUUACACAAUAACAAAGUGCCAUAGGCCAGCCACACCGUUUACCUUAAAAAGGGGAUAUGAAGUUUUUUUGUUUUAAUCAAAAAUAUAGUUUUAAUGCAGACUGACACAUUUCAAUAUUUCAAUACACUCUGACAUGAUUCAUUGAGUAAGGAUGCAAUGCAGGGUAUGAUUUUAUAGUGUAAUCAGCAAGGUAGUCUUUAAAGGGGAAUUAGCUGAUUUUUCAAAAUAUCUGCGUAAUUCAAGCAUUAAGAUGUAAACAAAGUUGUUCAGAGUGAUUUAGUGCAUUUCAAAGAAACCUUUUUUUUUUAAACAUUGAUGGUGACAGGCACCAGAGGUCAUGAUGUCAACAGCACAGAUAUAGCCAUGUUAUUUACCUUCCAAAGUGAAGAUACAGGCACUGUAUUUAUGAUCUGUUCGAUGGACGUCUGGUUCCUCUCACCACCAUUAUGAAUGAUUCAGAUUUCAGAGCAGAGCGUUUCACAUCAAACCACUUUUGAAAGCCUUUUUUUUUUACAAAUUAACCUUUUAAUUAUGCAGGUUUUAUUUGAUGUGGAAUACCCCUUUGAAGUGUUGAGUUUAGUAUUUUGUCAUUAACGUUUCUCUACUAAUACUUUUACUUGAUGUGGAAGCUGACAUGCCGGUUUUAUGUUUACUUAUGUCAUGAUAUUAAUCAGACACUUGAAGUCUUGAAGUAUUUGUUGUAGAGACUCUGUUAAACACUGUUCCACGGUGCACUAUAUUGUUCAGUCAACUGACUUCCAUUGAUCUGCAGCAGAUUGAGAUGUUUGUUUUUGUCAUGCAGUUAAAGCAUGACUAGAUUUCAACAUGUACAAGACUGUUCUGGUCUAUAUUCUGCCACAAGUGAUGUUUCUCAAUGUGUGUAGUGCCUUUAAUUAAAACAUAACUUGUAUAAACAUA